AUGCAUGGCAAACUUACGCCAUGGGCCCUUGGCAAGCUUCCAGUCAACAUCCCGGACCCAGCCUCGCGGGGCAUAUCUCUGCAGCAGGUGCAGGAGCUCUCCGAGUUUAUACAGCGGUUAUGCAAGACAGGCCUCUUGCAGGGACAUCGCGACAAUGCCUCCGAUUGGCUGCACUGGGAGGACAUCUUGAUGGAAGACAUAGCCAGUUUCAUCUUGAAACCUGCCAUCCGAUACCUGGCAGCGGACAUCAGCAAAGAUGAUGUUCAUCAUGACCUGGCGCCCGAGUACGCGUGGAGCUGGGUUGAGAUCGUGGCAAACGGGCCGCAGGAUCCCAAGGUUUUCGUGUCCUUCAGCUUGCACAGCGGAUUCCGCGACUUCAUGGGUAGCGUGCAUCAUCUAGCCGAUGAUCAGGGCAUGACCAUCCGGGACAACAUGUGGAUUGGCAUGUUUGCUCGGGAGGACAGUGCCCCAGUGCAUGUCUUCGACCUACUGAAUUCGCCUGUCUUCAGUGCAUUUGGGAAGUCCGAGGCCACAGCCCUUUUUCUGGAUGAGCAUGCCAGCAUCCUUGAGAGAAGUUGGAGCAUCUUCGAGAUGGCAAUCAUUACCGACACGGCAACAAGCCGCCGGCGAUGGAAGCUAAAAGAAGAGCUUGCACGAGAAGAAGGAUGCAGCAUCUUCAGCGUCAAUGAAGAGAAGGUGCUACAAAUAGAGAAGGAGCGUUUCGUGGAAUACAGAGCGCCAAGCUCGGACGACAUCUUCCAGUCGGAGAACUGUCGGUUAGACUGGCAGGUCAGGUCAGAGCUGGCCGGAGGGGGCGAUCCCUUCUCAGUUCCAUGGGAAGAGGUGCGAGAGCGGAUUCGACUUAUGAGGCAAGGGGGAGGCAUUGACACCAAGCCGCUGCUGCUUUGCAGGGGCCUUAGUCAUGUUGCGAGUACUCCAGACGGUUUGGUGGGCACCAGGCGUGCAACUUCGGUUCCCGUCCUGCAUGCCCUCUUGCAUUCGUUCUGCUGCAGCAAAACGGAUGCCGCCAGCAAGGCCGAAAGACGGCUAGUCAUGAAUUACAUUGCAAACUGCUACUGCGAAGAGAACAGAAGCAGCGCACACUUGCUGGAUGGAAUUCGCACUGACGGCGAUGUGUACGAACUGGAGAAUGUGGAGACAGUGUCGGAAGUGCGGCGACUGGACGGUUCUCCCGAGUACCGUCACGAGCACAGUCUUGUCACCAGCAAUGAGCACACUGCGGUCAAGUUCAAAAUCCUGGACCACAGCAUACGACAGGAAUGCAGAAAAGCUCUUGAAGCUCGUGGAGUCAAGGAUAACUUUGACAAUUGGAACAACUUCUUCGAUUUAAAGCGAGUUUGCAAUGUCAUGCCACCUGAGCAUCGUGCACUCACUUUGUCCCAACUUCGGAUUCUUGCCAACAUGCUCCGCAGACGCUUGGUGGAAUUCGGAGGACUGCCUGCAUGGAACAAGGCAAGCUCCAGAGACCUCUGGAACAGAGACAAGGAGCUUCACGUCCUGCGAGACAUCCUGCCUGUCAACAGCUCCUUCUCUGAGUGCUUUCAAACGCAGCGCCAGCUGCCGGACACCUACGUCAUAUGUCCCGAGGACGUGAAGUUGGUGGCCCUGUUCAGCGCCAUAGAAAGACAUGCAGAGGCACACCUUCUACCGGAGAAGACCACUUACUAUGUGGAUGCUUUGUGUAGAAGGCGUGGCGAGCUGGAGAAGUCAGCCAAUGAAUCCGCAGAAAAGACUCAGCGGCUUCUGUCAAAUACUGGCAGAGGCGUUCUGCUUAUUCUGGACCAGCCGACAAGCCUCACCUGGCGGCACAACGUUGCCAGCUUGUGGUGUUUGUAUGAGCUGUUCUUUGCGGACAGACAGGGCCUUCUCUGGGACGUGGCGUGCGGAGAGGGCAUCGUGGCUAUGCGAGCACCCCUAUCCACCAAACGAUGGGUCUUCGGGCAGUUCGACUCCGCGAUUGCCUGGAACCUGUCGUCGAUCCGAGUGAAGGCAGAAGCUGCCAGAUGUACAGUAACAGAGGAGAAGGACAUUUUGCUGUCGAAGCUGAUGGAAUUCGGAAAGAAUUGCAUCACAGAGUUUGAGCAGAAGAUGACUGCGAAGGUCCCGGCCAGGAUGCUUGGACCUGUUCUGCGACAGGCAGCGUGCAUGAGGGACAACCAGGACUUCGAGCGCUUGCGAGAUGCCUGUGACAUCAUGGCAAAGCUGCGGUGUAGUGGAGCGCAUAUCAAUCUGGCAAGCCUCGAGGGCGGCUUCGGGGAAUCAGCGUUGCACAUUGCGGCAGCUGCGGCUGUAGAUGGCAGUGCGAGAUGUGCCAGAGCUGUGGAAAUGCUUGUACGCAUGGGCAUGGACGUCAACGCUCAGGAUGAUGCCGGCGAAACACCCCUGCAUUGGGCUGCCAUGACAGGCAGAGCGUGGGCGACAGGCUUUCUUCUUCGGAACGGAUCGGAUCCUCUGCUUGCGAGUUGGUCCGGUCCUGCCGCCACGUUUGCACGAGAGCCGAUGACCAUCGCGUAG